UUUAUGACGACGAGCCAUACGUCAAAGAUGGCGGAACUGAUUGCGAUACCGUUGAAGAAGCCGUCCGAUGUCGAUGUCGUGAAGCCGCUCACCAAUGUCAUCCGAUCGACAUACAGCGGCACAGGUAAAGAUUAUGCGGACGCCAUCGCAGAGUUCAGCAAGCUGCGGAACAACGCUCUAUGGCGUGCCUUCGAGAAGUACGAGAGCUCUUUACAGGUUAUCUACAGCUAUUAUGAUCAAUUAUGCGCUCUGGAAGGGAAAAUCCCUGCUCAUGAAUUACAAAUACCAUUCAAAUGGAAAGAUGCCUUUGAUCGUACGAUUUUUGGAGGAAAACUUAGUUUGACGAUCAGUACAUUGGCAUACGAAAAAGUAUGUGUGCUCUUCAAUAUCGCUGCUUUGCAAAGUUCUGUGGCAGCUACCCAGUCCUUGGACAGUGAUGAAGGAUUAAAGCUGUCAGCUAAAUUAUUUCAGCAAUCGGCUGGAAUAUUUAAUCAUCUGAAGGGAAACGUUAUGAUGGCGAUUCAGCAAGAACCGACACCUGAUAUUAGCCCAGAAACACUCGGAGCGUUGAGCGCUUUAAUGCUCGCGCAAGCACAAGAGAUAUUCGUUCACAAAGCGAUCCAUGAUUCCAUGAAGGAUGGUAUUGUUGCUAGACUGGCGGCGCAGGCGGAAGAACUGUACGCGGACGCUCUGAAACUAUUCCAAAAGGAAAUCUUUCGUGCGUUUUGGGAUAAGGAAUGGGUGCCAUUGAUCGCGGGUAAACAAGCUGGUUACCGUGCCAUGGCUGAAUUUCAUCAAUCGCUUGUAUGCAAAAGUAAUAAAACUAUUGGAGAAGAAAUUGCUAGAUUGGAGCAUGCCGUGGAGUUGUUUAAAGCUGCUCAACAGAGAUCGAAUAAACCAAAUCUGUUCCAAGAUUACGCCAACAAGGCACAAAGAAAUCUGACAGAGGUGAAGAAGGAUAAUGAUUUUAUAUAUCACGAAAGAAUUCCAGAUAUUAAGCAUGUAGAGGCUAUAGGAAAAGCAAGCGUUGCUAAACUACUUCCGCUACCUGAAAUAUUUAGUACCGAUUUCAAAGAUUUAUUCGUCGAGUUGUUGCCCCUUAAUGUACGCCACGCAUUGUCGGCCUACGAGAAUCGUCGUAAUGAACUCGUUAAUUACGAAAUUUCGAAUCUUCGUGAAAUGACUCAACUCCUAAAUAGCGUUUUAGCAAGCUUGAACUUGCCAGCCGCUAUAGAAGAUACGAGUGGUACGGAAAUACCACAAUCGCUAUUGGAUAAAGCAGUUCGCGUACGAGAAUCAGGUGGAAUAAACGCUUUGGAAGCAUCUAUGAGAGAAUUGCCGGAUUUAUUGCAGCGUAAUAAAGAACUUUUAGAUGAGUCUGAAAGAAUGCUGCAGGAAGAACGUGAGUCUGACGACCAGUUAAGAGAGCAAUUCAAAGAACGUUGGAAGCGGACACCAAGUGCCCGAUUGACGGAACAAUUUACUAACAAUUUACAAAAAUAUCGUGAAAUUAUAAAUAACGCAGUUUCUGCUGACAAGGUAGUUCGUGAGAAAUAUGAAAGCCAUAAAGAAGGGAUCGAAAUCCUAAGUUUAGAUGAGGACGAACUUUCAAGUGCUAUUCCACAGGGAUCUGCUCUCCAAGAAAGUAAUGCUGUUAUGAAACUUAGGAAAUUAAUGGAAGAUGUAGCCACAUUGAAAUCUGUACGAGACACCAUCGAAAAUGAAUUUAAAUUCGCUGCCAAUGAUAUGAAGACAACGUUCCUUUCGGCAUUGGCCAAAGAUGGCGCGAUCGAUGAACCAAAUAUAUCUGUCGAGAGUUUGGGAAAGUGUUAUGGGCCUUUGCAGAAGCAAGUACGAGAAAGUAUAGCACAACAGGAAAAAUUAGUUGCUGAAAUUCAAAGUUGCCAUACAGAAUUUACAAACGAGCAAGCUGGUAGCGGCAGUGCGCGAGAAGCGAUGCUUUGUAAACUGGCUUCUGCUUAUGAUGCAUUUAAAGAGCUAAAGAACAAUCUAGUAGAAGGGGCUAAAUUUUAUAAUGAUUUAACGCAGCUACUCGUGGUUUUCCAAAAUAAGAUAUCCGACUUCUGUUUCGCACGAAAAACUGAAAAGGAAGAACUCUUGAAAGAUUUAACUACGAAUUUGAGUCAGACCGGUCCCGCUACAACACCGAGUAUUCCAUCUCAUCACGGCAGUGGUCCUCCUGGCAUAAAUCCAACAGAAGCCGCCACAUCGUCGCCGCAGCUGCCUUAUCCAGUCCAACAUCAAGGUGGUAUGCCUAUACCUUACGGUGCUGCACCGACAACGCCGUAUCCUGUUGUAACCGCGCCGUAUGCUCCUCCACCGUUGCCGACGACGUACAAUCCAUAUGCUACAAUGCCAUAUCCUACACAAGGAGGAUACAAUCCAUACCAGAGUAUGCCUCAAGCUCCAUAUGGAGGUUUCGCUACGUUACCACGUUACGGUGGCACUCAACCACCACCGCAUGGUCAAAACCCAUGGUAAACUAUACAGACAGGCGGUAUUAGCGUAUACUGCGAUUUGAAAUAUAAUCGUAUAUCACGCAUAUUUUAUAUAUAAAUUCUAGAAAAAACUGCAAUUAACCAACAUUGGGGUGAUGAUGUUGCGUGUAAUUCAAGGGAAUUUGCGUUUACUAAUUGUUACACGUUUCGCCGUAUCGAGUCCUUUAUCUAGUACAGAUUGAUCGUUGAUAUUUGUUACGCUUUAAGCUUCAUCAAUUUUGUGUAGAGGGCAUAUUAUCAAUUUAUAAAUAUAUUUUGUAAAAUAAAUUGAA